ACACAAACACUUUUUUUUAUCACUGAAUAAAUGAUCAAUGGAACGCGUCGCGUCUUUCUAGAUGUUUCCACAGCCGCGUCAAAACAUUUCCCACAAAUUUGAAUUCGCGGAAAUCGGUCUGCCUAUUCAUUGGCUUCCGCAACUAUGAGACAUGGGAGUGGGGUGGAGAGAAAGGGGUGGACAAGAAGAAAGUGGAAGACAAGGUCGUGCGUUCCGGUCAUUAGCAUUGAUUUGCAUUCAGUGGUCAGUUCAUAGUGGUGUGAAGGAUUACCCCGAUUAUUCAAUCGAACAACAAUGGGUGGAAAAAACAAAAAACCGUCAAAUACGGGAUACGCUUCAGAGGUGAAAACUGGAUCCGCAACCAAAGGAAAGAAUCCACCUCCUAUUGUCGAUGGUUCAGCACCUCCUGCUACUCGAGCUCCUGCUACAGCUACUCCAAGUCAUACUAUCACUGGUCAAGCACCUCCAGUCGCUUCUGGUCAUCCUGUGGCUGGUUCAGCACCUCCUAUAGCUACUGCAGGUCAUCCUGGUGCAGCACCAUCCGUUACUGGUACAGCACCAUUCGUCGCUGGCACAGCACCAUCCGCCACUGCUCCAACACCAUCCGCCGCUGCUCCAACACCAUCAUUCGCUGCUCAAACACCUCCAGCACUAUACUCCUCACUUUUCAAGGCACCAAGUGCUCCAGCUCCUCCUGCCGCUGAAGGAACUGCUCCAGCACCAGCACCUUACAUGACACCAACAGCGCAAUACUACGCACCACCACCAGCACCUUACAUGACACAACCAGCACAAUACUACGCACAACCACCAGCACCUUAUGCGGCAUCAGCAGCUCCGCCAGCACCAUAUGCGGCACCAGCAGCUCCGCCAGCACCUUAUGCGGCACCAGCAGCUCCGCCAGCACCUUAUGCGGCACCAGCAGCUCCGCCUGCACCUUAUAUGGCAUCAGCAGCUCCACCAGCACCUUAUGCGGCACCAGCAGCUCCGCCAGCACCUUAUACGGCACCAGCAGCUCCGCCAGCACCUUAUACGGCACCAGCAGCUCCGCCUGCACCUUAUGCGGCACCAGCAGCUCCGCCGGCACCUUAUGCGGGAUCAGCAGCUCCGCCGGCACCUUAUGCGGGAUCAGCAGCUCCGCCAGCGCAAUAUGCGGCACCAGCAGCUCCGCCAGCACCUUAUGCGCCAUCAGCAGCUCCGCCGGCACAUUAUGCGGGAUCAGCAGCUCCACCAGCACCUUAUGCGGCACCAGCAGCUCCGCCAGCACCUUAUACGGCACCAGCAGCUCCGCCGGCACCUUAUGCGGGAUCAGCAGCUCCGCAAGCACCUUAUGCGCCAUCAGCAGCUCCGCCGGCACUUUAUGCGGGAUCAGCAGCUCCGCCAGCACCAUAUGCGGCACCAGCAGCUCCGCCAGCACCUUAUGCGCCAUCAGCAGCUCCGCCGGCACCUUAUGCGGCACCAGCAGCUCCGCCUGCACCUUAUGCGGCACCAGCAGCUCCGCCAGCAUCAUACUACUCUUCACCACCAGCACAAGACGCGGCACCGCCAGCACCAUACCAUUCAUCAUACAAUUACCAUUCAUCACCAGCACAAUACGCAACACCACCAGCACCUUACGCAGCUCCAGCACCUUACGCGGCUCCUCCAGCUCCAGCACAAUAUGCAACACCAACAGCACCUUACGCGGCUCCACCAGCUCCAGCACCAUACUACCCACCAGCUCCAGCACCAUACGCAGCAUAUCAAAAUUAUGCUGCGUAUCCGGCUGCACCAACGGCACCACCUGGUGUUAAUGAGUCGGCAACAUGGAGCCAAGAUGCGGAAAGUGGAGCAAGUCGUGGCCGCGGAUAUCGUGGUCGAGGAUACCGUGGACGCGGAAGGGGUCGAAGGGGGUGGAAAAACUUCGGAAGAGGAGGAAAUUCGCAGUAUUUCAAUUAA